AAUUAACAUAUCACAAAGUGACAGCAACAAAUUAAAGCGACAGCAGAAUCAACUUUAGUUUAUAUAUUCAUGCUUUCUCACUUUACGGCUACCAACUAACUAUUUAUAUUACAGUCCAUUUCUCUUACUCUCCAUCAGCAAAAUCUGUGAGGAUAUUUUCAAAUUUCAACCUCUAAUUUUGUGCAUUAGUGUUAAUCCAAUUCCAAUGGAGUCAAGAGCUUACAUCCUUAGAUUCAACAUUGCACAUCUUUGCCUCUUGAUGCUAGUUUCCACUCUUUUCCCUUUGUGUGAUGCUAUAAAUCAUGGAAGAGGUAGUAGAAGCUACUCCAUCAAAUCAUGGAAGAAACUCAAAUUUUCAUCAUUUGGCUACUCAGACUUAGAUUCUUCAUAUGGUACUCCUUCUUCUCAACCACUUCCACCUUUCAAUUCACUUGCUCCACAACCUACCUCUCUACCACCUUAUUCACCUGUUCCAAACCCACCUCAUGAUGUUUUUAGACCACCACCAAGUCCUAAAACCAUUGUUACAAUGUCGCCGCCGCCACCUCCAAGCCCAUCAAAACAUGUUCCAAGCCCACCUAAAAGUGUUAUAGGCCCACCUCAAGUAUACUUGCCACCUAUUGUUUAUCCACCACCACCUUCAACUCAUAAGAAGCCACCACAAUAUGCUAUUUGGUGUGUGGCAAAGCCUACAGUUCCUGAUCCUAUAAUUCAAGUGGCUAUGGAUUAUGCCUGUGGGUCUGGGGCUGACUGUAAAUCAGUUCAGCCUAAUGGGAUAUGCUUUCAGCCCAACACAGUGUUGGCACAUGCUUCUUAUGCAUUUAAUAGCUAUUGGCAGAACACUAAGAUUGGUGGGGGGACUUGUGAUUUUGGUGGUACUGCUAUGCUUGUCACUGUUGAUCCAAGUUAUGACAAGUGCAGCUUCAAGUCGACUUAGCUCAUUGCUUGCUAUAAUACAUAGCAUUUGGAGACUUACCAAAUAUUGAAAACUUCUUGUUCCAAUGUAAUUUUUUAUGCAACGAUAAAUUCCCUUACUUAAUUAGAUACAUUAUUUGGAGUUACCUUGAUCAUAGUAUAUUCCGCCCUUGCUUAA